AUGGUAAUCAGUGGUAAUGCUGGAACAGUUACAACAGCAGGCUCUCUCACGGCCACUAUUGGAGGUGCUGUUGACUUCACUUGUACAUAUACACUGGAUUCUGAUGAAUCAGUAUAUCCAGGAUCAAUUUCUUGGCAAGUCAAAACAGGAUCAGCAUACAAUCAAUCAAUCAAUCCUCCUGGAUCAGGUGGUUCCAAUGCCUUUACAGCCUUUGCCACUGAUUAUAAAAAUCGAACCAAAUUGUUUAAUAUAACAGCUGAUGGAGCUAAUUCUUUUGUUGUUGUGAUGAGAAUAAACGAAGUGUUGUGUUCAGACGAGCAGCACUACAGAUGUUCCGUUUUAUUUGUUAAUUCUGGAUCAGGUCCCGUAACUAAGACAAAAGAAACAACUCUCACAGCUAGAACACCUGCUGAACAGCCUUAUGAAAUCCCAGUUCCUGUACCAGACAAUAUAGAAGAGAACAUGGAAGUGACUUUUUCCUGUACAGCCAACGUUGGGAAACCUCCAGGACAAAUUAGAUGGUGGCGCUAUAGGAAAGGGAUAACCGCUCAUCAGGAAAGCGGGGUUUUUACCAACACCCCACAGAUUCAGGAAGGUGAAUGCGUCUACAACGUGACCAGCACAGUAACGUACACCAUGACAAAAGACGAUGACCAGUCCGUGUGGAGAUGUUUCGUGGACAAUGAACUGUUGACAAUGCCAGAUCGUGACAAACCUAACCAAGAGUCUAAAAGGGUUAACGUAUUUUUUAAAGUCAAUGUUCCGAGAAUAAGGAAGGUACCGGACACUGGUGCUAACUCUGAAUAUUUUGUUGGUUCUUCUGUGACCUUGAUCUGUGAAGCUGAAGGUAAUCCAGCUCCAGGGAUUCACACAAAUACGGCCGUUAACAGGUAUCUGUGGACAUUCAAGGCUAGUCCAAAUAACAAUGCUAGCGGACUAUCAUCCAAUAAUGGCACACUUACUCUGACUAAUCUUCUGGAAACCGAUACAGGGACAUACACUUGUACUGCAUUUAAUGGAUUUAAUGGGAAAUUUUUCAACGCAUCCAAAGACUUCAGUUUACAGAUUAGUACAUGCUUUCAAGUGUCACAAUCAAAAUUAGAAAUGAUCGUUGGUGGGAUGAUCGGGGGAGUUGUGUUAGCUGCACUUGUUGCCCAUUUUAUCUUUAACAGAAAAUAUCAAAUUUUAUGUGUUGAAAGAAAACCAAAUCAAAGCGCUCAGUAUGAAGAGCUGAAACAGAUUACUCGGGAUCAGGAAAACGGCUAUGACGUUAUUAGACCACCAAACAGAAAUGGAUCACACGGUGGAACAUACGAAGAACUGCAACACCGGAAAGAGGAACACAGAUAUGAAGAACUUUCUGACCCCAAAAAUAUAUUAAACAACGGAAGACAACAAAAUAAGGUUGAUCACGGACAACAAACUUUUGGACCACCUACAACACAAAGUUACGGACAAUCCCAGCAAUACGGACAAGGAUACCGUUCACACGUUGGAUACAGCAGAUAA